UGCAGGGCCAAAGGGUGCGUCCAGACGCUUGUGUUUAGUUGUUGUCUCGAAGGUCGUAAAGGAAAGGAUAUAUACAUCAUGCCUGUAAUAGACAUCCGGGACGGAUACAGUUCCGGCGAGGAUCAAAAUGAGACUGGAAAUUCUUUUCCUGCCUUUUACGGUCGUGACCAAGCGGGAGAUUCGUCCAGAAUCGACAGGAAAGAAGAGAGACAUGACCCUCGACCUAGCGGCAAGGUUGGCACUGCUGAUGCCUUCGGCGCGAGCCGUACGUCACCGGGAUUGACCCACGCUUCUCACAACGGUUUCUCACCGGGAGCCAGCAGGUGUUCGCAAACAUCACCAGACAGCACCGGGUACAAGAACGGGGACAGGGACCACGCUUCGACAGACACCCCAGGGCCUGAUACACAUACGGGCGCAACAACAAAGGACACGCCAACAGCAAAACGACGACCCAGCCUGCGAGAAAAAUUCACCGAACUGAGACUGAAAGCAGAGGAGAAGAAGCUCCAUCAAGAAAGAAAUAGCACAGCAAAGCCAGGCCAGGUGGGAAGUACAGACUACAAAGAACCAAAUAUUAACACAGACAGAAGCCCCACUAAUACAGGUAAACCAGGUGAAAGGUCAUCGGGGACACGUACUAGGUGGAUAGGAUCACACCUGUACCGACCUAGAAGGCGCUCGUCUGAAGCUAAAAACCAGGCCGAGGACAUGGACACUUCAGACACUGGUGAACAAGAUGACCACACUUCCACGGACAACGUUUCACAAAGCAGCACCCCUGGUGUUAGCAGGAACAGCAGUGUUAGCAGUACUACCAGUACCCUCAGCAGUGGUAGCAGUCGGCCUUUUAUAUUUACUUCAACAGAGGAAAGACUGAGAGCACGGGAGGCACAAAGCAAGGAGGAACAGCUUAGAGCAUCUCCCAAGCCAGCGACAAGAAGUGAUAGAGAGUUUCCCAAAAUGGCCACUGGAAACAGUGGAAGUGAUAGAGCAUCUAAUUCUUCUGAUCCCAGACCAGCCACUGGAAGUGAUACAUUUACAGGCAAGUCCACACCAGAAUCUGGGGCCCAGGACACCCCUAAUAAAGCUAGUAAGAUCAGAACAUUUCUAUCAGCUCAAAGACAGAGGAUUGUUGAAGAGACCAACAUGCCUGAAAACAGCAGAGUGAGGAAUGCCGACACUACAACUCCAUUUCAUGCAUCUCCAAGGGUGUCACCAAGAGCCGCAACAAGUAGUGGGAUUCAAACUCCCCCAUUCCAGCCAUCUCCGAGGCAAUCCCCACGAGCUGCUACAAGAAGCGGGAUUAGAACCCCCCUGUUUCAGACAUCUCCUAGAGAAUCCCCACAGGCUGCAGCAAGAGGUGGGAUUCGAACUCCCUCGUUUCAAGCAUCGCCCAGGCAAUCCCCACGAGCUGCUACAACUACAAGAAGCGGAUUUAGGACCUCUCUGUUUCAGACAUCAAGGGACACCCCGCAAGCUGGUACAAGUAGUGGGACUCGAACGUUUCGUCAGACUUUACAAGAAGAUAUUGAUGAUGGGGACGACAUUAGGCCUAAGUAUGCGUUUUCAGCAAGGCAGAAUAACACAUUUAGAGAAAGGAGUAAUGGAGAUAGAACUGGUGUCUUUGUGCAAGACUUGGGAGAGGAUGUAGAAGACACAAGCACAACUAGGACUAGAACCAGUUUCUUUAGGCAAAACCUGAAAGAAGAUCUGGAUGACGAUAACAGGACUGGGGCUAGAACCAAUGUCUUUCGGCAAACCUUGACAGAGGAUCUUGACGACAGAAGCAGUAGCGGGACUAGAACCAGUAACUUCCGUCGCCCGUUUAGACAAGACCGCAACAAUGACUGGGGGCCUUCGGCUACCGAGUUUCUACAAAGCCUGUAUGAAAACCAGGACAAUGGAAGUGACGAUGGACGUUCAAAUAGCUUCCAAUCAGAAUCAAAUGUACAAGAAGGUAGGGAUGAUGAUAGGGACAAUACCUUCAGCUCCAAUACUUUCAGCCCCAGAAAACAACGAGAGAAGACUCAAAUUUUCAGUCAAAAUGGAAAGUACGUCUACACUCAAGAUCAAGAACCUGAGUUUGAUUUUCCAGAGGAAACCGACGCACAGGCAAAUGUUGUAGGAAUGAAUGGUGGGCCGUCCUUUGCAGACUUAAAGCGGUCUGAGGUUUUCGUCCGACUUGCGCACACUUUCCUGAAACACAGGAAGUUUGAGAAGGCAGUGGAACCGCUGAGUAAGGCUAUAGAACUGUGCCCGACAUGUGCGAGUUACUAUAGCAACCGUGCGGCCUGUUACAUCAUGCUGGGAAAGUUCCGAGAAGGUCUGGAGGAUGCCAGACAGACCACAAGAAUAGACUCCAACUUCCUUAAGGGUUACAUGAGGGAAGCGAAGUGUCUGCUGAUGCUAGGAGACCCCAGCCAGGCUAUCAGCACAUACCAGAAGGUACUACAGCUGGACCCUAACAACCAGUCUGUGGCUGAUGAGUUAAAGGUGGCUCAGUCUGUCCACCAUUUUGAGACCCAGGCAGAGGGUGAUAUGAAAAAGGGCGACUUCAGAAGGGCUGUAUUCUGUCUGGACCGAGCGCUUGAUCACGCACCACAGUGUACCAAGUUCAAAAUCAAGAAGGCGGAAGCACUAGCUUUGUUAGGCAGGCACACAGAGGCACAUGAUGUAGUCAGUAACAUCCUGCACAUAGACAACAUGAAUGUAGAUGCCAUGUAUGUGCGAGGACUGUGCCUGUACUAUCAGGACAACUUGGACAAGGCCUUCGCACACUUCCAACAAGUCCUCAGGUUAAGCCCUGACCAUGAAAAAGCCAAAGUUGCAUUUAGGAAAGCCAAAAGCUUGAGGGCCAAGAAGGAAGAAGGGAACAACGCCUUCAAGGCAGGACGUUACCAAGAGGCCUAUGACCUGUACUCGGAAGCCUUAAGAAUAGACCCCCACAAUGUCUUCAUCAACUCCAAACUCUAUAACAACAGGGCUACUGUAGGGGCUAAGGUAAACAAGUUAGAUCAAGCUAUCCAGGACUGCACGGAAGCAAUCAAGCUAGACGACAACUACCUGAAAGCAUAUCUUCGGAGAGCAAAGUGCUACAUGGAUACAGAACAGUAUGAAGAGGCAGUCAGAGACUAUGAAAAGGUCUUCAACAUGGAAAGAACAAGGGAGCACAAACAGUUACUAAGCAAUGCCAAGCUAGAGCUGAAGAAGAGUAAGAGGAAAGACUAUUACAAGAUUCUUGGUGUCAGGAAAGACGCCUCUGAUGAUGAGAUCAAGAAAGCCUACAAGAAGAAGGCCUUAGAAACACAUCCAGAUCGCCACUCAAGUGCCACUCCAGAGGAGAAAGCAGAGCAGGAGAAGAAGUUCAAGGAGAUUGGCGAGGCGUACGCCACCCUCUCGGACUCCAAGAAGCGCGUACGGUACGACAACGGACAGGACAUCGACGACAUGGACAGUCCGUUCAGCCACGACUUUGACCCCAACACCAUCUUCCAAGCUUUCUUUGGAGGAGGUGGACACGGAGGCCAACACUUCAGUUUUGGGGGACCGGGAGGACCUGGCCGUAGUUUUUUUCGUUCAAGUCCGAGCAGCAGUUUCCGAGGGUCUAGUCCGAGUGGCAGUUUUCGAGGGUCUAGUCCGAGUGGCAGUUUUCGAGGGGCUCAGAAUAGAUACUCACAGCCAGGCUAUACCCAGGGGUUUUCGAACGCUCAGCCAACACAUGGAUCCUUCCACAGCAACGGUAAAGGGACGUACAAUCCCAGGUACGGGGGCAAUCAGUCCCGUGCCUGGGAAAAUCUACACAAAACGAGUCAGCCUCGCCCCCGGCCCGACCCCAUGUACACCUUCCAGACUGAGAGUGGAGCUGGCCCAGGCAUGAAAAUAUUCACCUCAGCACAAAACCUUUCUGAAGGACAAGACAAAACUGAAGACAGGGCAGAUUCUGACAGCUCUAGCUCAGACAACUCUAGCAUUCCAGAUAGUAGCUCUAAAACGUAUGCAGAGGCCAAGUUUUCAAGUCCUUUAGAAAGUCUUGUAAGAGAUGAGGAAAAAAAGGGGGGCGAGCCAGAGACAAGCACUUCCAGGUCACGGUCAUCUACUUCCAGGUCACAAGGGUCACAGUCAAAAGUCAGGGGAGACCUAUCAGCUUCAGCUGCAAAGCUAGAAGAGCUAAACCAGAAAACCCCCAAAGAGCCUCAGGGUGCUAGGAGACGGACUAGUAGCUCCAAGAGCCCCAUCCGCAUCCCCGGUCGUAGACGGAGCUCCUUUAGAGAAGCUAAGGCCAGAUUUGAGCAGGCUGAACCAAGUUCACCAGAGGGGAGGGAGGAGACGAGAGGGUCACGGGAGUUUGUGUUCAGAAACGAGGGGGUUCCCAUUUACCGCUCUAGAAGUACAGGUGUGGGUAAGGACAGUACAGGGGGUAGGAGGAUGAGCAGUCCCAGUCCUCAUCGCAGGACCAAUCUUAGGCAGGGCCUCUGGAGAACUAGGAGGUUAGGUGAGGAAAAGGAAAACAAAGCAAAGUUGUCUGGAGAUGAUCGCGAUACAGACCAUACUUCCUCUGAUUUUAUCUAUUUUGAUGAUGAUCAUUACGGGGAAAAGAAAGGAAAAGCUUCUGAGGCUGUUCCAAAAGACACAAUGGAAGCAGUUCUAGAUUUUGAGGAAGAACAUUUUGGCAGUGAUGAGUUUGGAAGGGAAGAUGCACAAGAAGUGACUGUAAAUUUUAGCAGGGAAGGCAGAAAGAGCCGGAGACAAGAGAAAGGUUUCAGGUCUAGUGGAAGAGAUAAAUUAGAAAUAGAUCCACCACCUAAAGCACCUGACAGGAAAAAACACAUCAGCAAUUUGAAAACCAACCAGGCCUCUGCUUCCAACCAAUCAAACCCUAUCCCUCCUCCCAGGAGAAAGCGAAACAGCGUCCGUUCCUCUGCUGUGGAGGAAACUGAUCCGGGAGAGCCACUAGCUCACUCUAGCCCCAUGCUGUCCCGUGCUAACUCUAUCCCUGAGUUCAGGAACCCCCCUCCGUUCGAAGACGAAACCCCCCUCCCAUCGGAGUAUGAGAACCCCCUGUUCUACAGGGAGCUGUCGAUGUCAGGAACCCAGGAGAGCUGGGACACUGACUCGGUGAUAGCCUUGCGUACGCGCAGCCCCCUAGACUCCAUACGGAGAAGGUUAUCCCGUGUUGGCCGAGCGUUCAGGUUGUGCAUGGGGAGAAACAGUAGGGUCCAGCGGACUUUCUCGGACGCAUCAACAGCGGGAAUGGUGCCUAAAGUAGAGGACACUGUGGACUAACAAACUGUUGCUCCUAAUAUGGAUAUACAUGUACAUGAUGUACCCACUACCAAAAGGGUGAAAAUUUGAUUAUGAGACAAUAUCUUUCACAUGUCACGUAAAGAUUGGGAAAAUUGCUUGCAAAGUUGCGAGUUCUUCAUUUCAACUUGUUAUUGGGUAUGCAGUAAAGUCAUUUAAAGAACAUACUUCCUCUUAUAUUAUAAGAACCAUUAUCUGUAAUAAAGUACAUUGUAGUUUACUAGACCGUAAUAUUCUAGUUAAUGUGAUAGCAUAUCGAUCUGUAUUUGUACGACUCCCAUCAAAGAUGGGCUUAGAAAUGUUACUAUGACUGUUUCUGUUUAAACUGUGAUGGUGUAUGAUAGUAUUACAAUGUAUUUUGUGGGAUCAAAUCUCUCUCUGUGCUGGAAUAUGGCGCUCUUUGUUUCUGUGGUGCUAGAGCCAGUUAUGUGCAAUAAAGAAAUAUACUUUUUAUACGUAAAUAACUUUGAAAUUUCUUUGCGCUGGAAAUUUCAUGCUCCUUGUUUUUUGUGCCAGUAGAGCAAAUGCUGCAAAAAUAUGGUAACUCGUGCAAUGGUAACUUGUGCAAUGAACUAAAUUUUAUACAUUGUAUAGAGUUGUAAGUCUAGUAAAAUGAAUUUAGUUAUAAGGAAGGUUUUCUGAGUCAAUCUAGUCCCUCUCUUUUCUAAGUUUCUAUCUUCCUACCUUCACAGCUACAUGUGUACAGAGGUGAUCAUGUCAAAUAUGCUAUACAGUAGUAGGGAGAGAAUUUAUGAACAGUUCCAGUUUAUCCAUUGUUUCACGUCUUGCUACAGGCGAUGAAAGUCCAUGCCAACUCCCCAUCAGAAUUAUUGAUGUUCUAAACUUAAACCUACCUAACGAUCAGGAAGAUUACAAAGCCAUACAAAUGAUUUUUGAAAGGGAAUAUUUUGAAUACAGUCCCAGCAUUUUGCAGCAAAGAACACAGCAAUAGAAAUUAGUAAUGGGAUAAGUUCAUCUCUCUUCGGUUGCAACACAACUAUGCAUUCUCCUGUAGUCACUCUAGUGUAGAUGUAGAUACUGCUGGUGGGUUGUCCUUCAGCUAGGCUAGGAAACCACCCGCUGUGCUGAGGCAACGUAGUAUGUCCUGUCCUACGUAGUUUCCUCCUACUCCUAGCCUCCCUUGCAGACUUCUGGACUGGCAGAAUUUAUUUUGGGGGGAGCGCUGAUUCCCCAUUUUCAACAUGAGUUCUCUAUGGUGGGAAAGAGAGUUUUUCUACAACUCCCUUUUUCAGCACAGAGAACCUUAGAUCAUUUUGAAAGUCGCUAAUCAAAAAAAGUAAUAAAUGCUGCAGCUAGGAAGUCUGUGCUGGAGGCUAUUUCCUCUAGCCUGGAGUCCAGGCUUGUUCUCUUUAGUCUGCUCCCAAGGUGGCCACCUUGUCAGGGUUACAAGCGACCUUCGGGCGCAUACUAAAGUGAAAAAGGCUUGACUCCAGGCUAAUUUUCCUCCCGUCUGUUCCA